GUUCAUAUUCAUAUCUUCUGCUCUUUUCACUUCACUCUGCAACUCUUAACCCAGUCGAUCUUCUCUAAAGAAAAUGCUAUCGAACAAGUUUUAUUACUCAAAGUUGGAAUUUUUUGAGCUUAAUUUAGCCCUACUAGUUUAAGUUCAUUUCUGUACUGAAAAUCUUGAAAAAUGGCUGCAUCUGACAAUUUAAUGACUAUGGAGCCAUGGGCUUUUCGUUCUGCUUUUGCUGAUUCUUGGUUUCCCGACGUAUUUUCCAGAGAAACACAAAGUACGUUAACCAAAUUGCUCCAAAAAUCUCUGUCCACCCAAAAGCCGGAGACGACCCCGGUUCAGACUUCGACCGGUUCAGGUCGGACUGUUUCGGGUGGGUCUGAGAACGAGACAAUAAGCGGGAAGAUAUCAAAGAGGAAGUCACGUGCUUCAAGGCGCAAUACGACGACAUAUAUAACAGCUGACGUGGAUAAUUUCCGGGAUAUGGUGCAGCAGGUGACCGGCGGCGGGAACGGGCAGCUGCCGGUUGCUCAUGUUCUGAAACCUGAACCUCAGCGUGUUGUUAGCCGGCUACAACCUGGUAGCUGUUUUUUGCCAACGCUUGACACGUCAGCUUUCCUAUUGGACCACGUCGCUCAACAACAGCAGAUAGUGGACCCCACUACAGCAGUCGGGUCAGUCGCCGCCUCUACUCCGCCGCCGGAUGUCGAGGUUGACGGUGGUUCAUGUGGGUUUGAUUUUGGCUCUUUUUCUGGGUUUCCAACCCUUGAGUCUUUCAUUGAAAGCAAUGUAGUGUAAUGUACCAGGCCCUUUUUGGUAAUUUCACCUAAGGGUUUAGAUUAGGAGAAGUAGAGGAAGGGUAAAUUGGGAAACAUCUUGUUCAUAGUUUAAGCUAAUCUCCUUUUUCUGAGUUAAGGAGAUGAAGGAAUUAUGUGUCAAGAAUAUAAGUUUCCAUGUAUAAUUUUCCCAUCAUCAUGUCACAUCCUUUCAUUUUCAUGGUUCAAUGUGGAUAUCUUGAUCUUAAUUUAAGACAAUUUUAGUCUCUA